UCUGUGCUCGUCAGGGUAUACAACGUUAUCAAUACGAAGGAAAUACGCUUGCAAGAACUCUGGUUAAAAUUGAAUUAGAGCAAGAAAAGUUUGCUGAAGUAAAUCUUAUAAGAACAAAAGUUGUAAAAAAUAUUCUGUCUUCAGCACUAAAGUUCUAUAAGAAAAAUUAAUUUAAUUUAUGCUAAUACGCUGGUACUGUAACAAUGGCGGCUUCUGGCGAACAAUUAAGUGGAGUCGAUACGAGACCACAAUUUGGGACUCGAUUCCUUAAAGACGGUGACAAUGUAUUCCAGCAUAAUGCCUGGGAUAAUGUUAAAUGGGACACCUGUCAGGAAGAACUGGCAAAAUGCAAGGUGACAGAGAAUUCCUCAGUUUUUGCCAGCCAGGAUGACCAAGAGAUGUAUGAAGGAUGUGCGAAUAAAUAUUGGGAUGCUUUUUAUGGUAUCCAUCAAAACAGAUUCUUUAAAGACAGGCACUGGCUCUUCACAGAGUUCCCAGAAUUAGCUCCUGACAACAAAUGUGUCGAUGCUCAAAAGGAGCAAAAGAGUGAACAGGCUGACGAAGUGUUGCGUUCCUUUGCUGGUGAACCCACUGUUGAGCAGGACAGCAAAGUGCUCAUUUGUGAAAAUACAGAAGAUGAAGUCAAACACUGUUCAGAAGGUUUGGCAAACAUGCUAGAAAGAAACACUGAAAGGAAAGGAACCACGAUACUUGAAAUAGGUUGUGGUGUUGGCAAUACUGUUUUUCCAAUACUUCGGUAUAAUGUAAACCCACACUUGUUCGUGUUCUGCUGUGAUUUCUCAUCCACAGCCAUACAGAUACUGCAAGAUAAUCCUGAGUAUAAUCCAAAAAGGUGUCAAGCAUUUGUAUGUGAUGUGACAGCUGAAGAUUGGCAGCCUCCAUUCCUACCAAAUAGUCUGGAUAUCGCUGUAAUGAUAUUUGUUCUUUCGGCAAUUCAUCCAGACAGGAUGGCUCAUGUAGUGACACAGGUUUAUAAAUAUCUACGCCCAGGUGGGCUGCUGGUUUUCCGUGAUUAUGGUCGCUAUGAUAUGGCACAGCUGCGUUUCAAGAAGGGACACUGCCUAUCUGACAAUUUCUAUGUAAGAGGUGAUGGAACUAGAGUCUACUUUUUCACCCAAGCUGAGGUGAAGAGCCUGUUUGAAGAAGCUGGCUUUGAAGAGGUGCAAAAUCUUGUGGAUCGUCGCCUGCAAGUGAAUCGAGGGAAACUCCUAACAAUGUAUCGCGUCUGGAUACAGGCUAAAUACAGAAAACCAUUCUGAGUGUAGUAGUUUCUGUAACGUGAAUGUGAAAGGUCCAUCCCUGGAUCCAUUUCAGACCCAACUCAGCAGGAAUGUCACAGUUCAUUUCCCUAUUUGUUUUUCUUCUUGUGACAUCUUACUUUUGUUCUGCUUUAUUUUCUUCUCUACCCUUCUUAUUCUCAUUUUCUUGUCCUGCUUCAUUGUUUUCGUCUUUUUUCUCUUUUGCUUCCCUUGAUACCUUUUCUUAUUCUCAUUUUCAUCUUGUCCUACUUCAUUUUUCUCCAUUAUUUUCCUUCUUUUUUAAUUCCUUGCUGUCACAGUUGUGUGUUCUGGGUCUGAAAAGGAUAUGGAGACUGCAGAGUGCCAGACAUCGUACACGUCAUUGCUUAUCUUGACUGGGCUGACCUUCCCAGCAUUUUUAUCCCUCUAGCACACUGUAUGAGAACUCUGUGGAAGUGAAUAUGUAGCAGGGCAGUUCAUCCGUUCACAGCAGCAUACAGUGCUGACAGUAUGCAGGUGACUUGUUGAACACUUACAUUAUAUAUCAUUGUAACCAUGAUGGAGUUUUAAUGUAUAUAGAGUGAAUAAAACGUUCUUUCAGAAAUCAA